AUAAUGAUAUUAUGAAUAUUGAAUAUGUUCGAAAUUCCAUCUUAUAAGAUAAUAGGUGAUUUUAUUUCAUGUUAUUUUUACCAAAGAUAUCAAAUCAUGCUAUUGUUAAUUGUUUUGUUUGAAAGGUACACAGUACAGUGAGUACUGGAAGAUUUGAAUUUUGUGAUGGAAGAACAAAGGUUGCGAAUUCUAAUGUCUGAUUCCACUUCACGCUUAAGGUGUUUACCAUGUUCGUGAGACUUUAAGUAUUGGCGGUUAUUGAAAUUGGUUUACCAAUGGGUGACAAAUCAGAUGAUGACUUGGAUGAACUUGACCUGUCGGAGAAGAUUAAGCAGCUGGAACGCGAGAAGGAACGCUUAGAACACAGAAAUAUGAAGAAGAAAUACGCAGAGCUAAGUCAAUCAGUGGGACAGCUGCGUAAAAACACCGAACUGGAGUCUCGCUCUUCAGGUGUCGCUCCUCGUGACAAGAAUCAUCCCAACAGAGGUCCCAGAGAGUCCCAGGACAAUGAGUUCGGUAGCCUUCUGUCAGAGCAGCGUGACAGACUCCGUUCGCUUCAGAGACGGUCAGGGGAGCGUGUAAGUGGAGAAUAUCAAUCUCGAAGCAGAGACCUAGACCAGUCGGAUUCAGACUCGGAGGAGAAAAGAAAUUUGGAUACUGUAAUGUCCAAAGAACACAAACGCAAACUUCAGCUAAACAGAGACACUCUGGUGGAGAACAUGAUACCGGAGGACAUCUUUAAUGACCUCAUAGCCAGCCAGGUCAUCACCACGGCAGAUGUCAGCAGAAUAAAGGAAAAAAUGACAAGGGAAUCCAUGAAUGAAGAGCUAUUGAACAACCUUAUUCGACGAUCGGACAGAGCUUUCUACGAAUUUGUUAAGUCCUUGCGGAAAACUUUACAGAGUCAUUUGGCAGACCUAUUAGAUGAGUCAACAGCUUCCACCAGACGUACACCCAAAAGGAAAAGGCAGACAGGAGAAAUAAAUAUUGCUGUGGAUUGUGAGGAGGUUUUACCUGCCUCAGGGAGAAAUAGGCCCACCUGCUCCUGUGGAGAGGUGGAAGAACAAAUCCUCAUCAUGGCGAAAACAGCCUACAAAACCAUUCGUCGGCGGGACAACACGCCUGCUUCAUUUGAACAAUUCAAAAAAGAACUCUCCCAGACCAAUGAAAUCGUUAAGGAGAGCAUGGAAAUCAUGCACACUUUGAAAAUUCUGUGUAAACAUGGAGACUUGGAUAUUUCAUAUGGCAGUGUUGUGUUUAGAAUUUGUUGCAGUUCUUCAGCAUGUGUUAAGGAGAUAUGGGGCAUGUAUCAGUCUGGGUCAUUGCAGAGUUUGAUGGAAAACACUUUUGUGACUAGAACAUUGAAAAAUAUAUGCAAUGUGAAAUCUGUGAGGUUAAGAGUGCGGAUUUCUGAGAAGGAGUAUAAGAAAUGUCUGGGGGAAUUAGAUGGCAGAGAGACAAAGAAGAUGGUAUCAUGUCGAGUCCUAAGGAGUGCCUGUCACACAAGUACAUCAGAAAAUAUUGAUCGUGCAGUGAAGAACAAAUCUCCUUACUUUUAUCUCAACGGCAGGAAAAGGAAAGCCUUCACUGAGAUAGAGAACACUCCUAGAAUCCCGGCUCACAAGAUUUCAUCACAGUUAUGUCCCCUGUAUAGCUUACGAUCUCAGGAUCUCUGCACUCCCUCCCCAAGGUGACAGAGGUUGUGCUGAUAGGAACUGUACCAUGUGACUUGUUAGACCCACCGUUAAAUCUGAAUGAGAAGGAGGAGACACAGUAUUUUUUAUGUUGGUACAUAGUGCUGUAUUCAGCUAUGUUACAUCUAGUAUGUAAUAGCCUUUACAUAAUGUGGAAUUUUAAAACUCUUGUAUAUUUCACUCAUAAACAUGAAAACAAGCACAUUGUAGCAAAUUCAAAGCUAUGUGCAGUAGUUGGGUGUCUAUACAUUAGUUGAGCAAUCUACCACUUCAAUACCUUUUCUUUUUGUUGCUGAUAUGUAGGGAUGGAUCAUAUAGGAGUGGGUUAUCGUAAUUACAAACACAUUUUAUGUAAGUUAUUUGAAAGAGAUUCAUCAGAUCUUUAUGAUGCAAUUACAUGUAUACUAUAUAUAGUUUUCGUCAGUUGAUUAGGUCCUAAAAAUUAGUAUCCAGUGACCUUGACUUCUGACCAUGAACAUAAAAACUGCUAUAACUUUAAAACCGGGACAAAUAGUGACAUGGAAUCUUCAGAAAUGGCAAAAGGAUGACAGGACCUACAAACUAGUAUCAAGGUCAAGUGACUACAGUGACCUUUGACCUUAGAACAUAAAACUGGUAUUACUUAAGAAUCAGGUCUCAUGGAGACAUGGGAUCUUCAGAAAGGAUGAUGAGAUCUACCAAUCAAUGACCUUGACCUCUGACUUUAGAUCAUAAACUUGGUAUUACUUACAAUCUAAUCAGAUCCUAAAAUACGCUCACAAUCGCUACAAUAGGAUCUGACAUAAUCCCAUAGGGGGUCAUGUCCACAUGACCUUUCACUUGGAAUAUUCAUGAGAACUAUCAGCCAGUCAGAUUGCGCCAUACAGACAAUGAUGGCUAUUUAGGCGGUUCCUGGCAAUUCGUAAACAAAUUGCUGUAAACUCUCUCCCAUGAAGUUUAUUAUACCCCCCGCAACAAGUUGUGGGGGGGGGGGUAUACUGGAAUCAGGUUGUCCGUCUGUAUGUCCGUCCGUCCGUCUGUAGAUGCAAUGGUUUCCGGACUCUAAAGCAUUAUCCUUUCCACCUACCGUCACCAUAUCGUAUAUAUGGACUACCCAUGGGAUGAAGAUGUUCCCUAUGGAUUUUGGGGUCAAAGGUCAAGAGCACUGGACAUGGAAGUAGCAAUAUGGUUUCCGGGCUCUAAAGCGUUAUCCUUUCCACCUACAGUCACCAUAUCAUACAUAUGGACUACCCAUGGGAUGAAGAUGUUCCCUAUCGAUUUUGGGGUCAAAAGGUCAAAGGUCAAGAGCACUGGACAUGGAAGUAGCAAUAUGGUUUCUGGGCUCUAAAGCGUUAUCCUUUCCACCUACAGUCACCAUAUCAUACAUAUGGACUACCCAUGGGAUGAAGAUGUUCCCUAUCGAUUUUGGGGUCAAAAGGUCAAAGGUCACGCACAUUGGACAUCGAAGUAGCAAUAUGGUUUCCGGGCUCUAAAGCGUUAUCCUUUCCACCUACAGUCACCAUAUCAUACAUAUGGACUACCCAUGGGAUGAAGAUGUUCCCUAUUGAUUUUGGGGUCAAAAGGUCAAAGGUCACGCGCACUGGACAUCGAAGUAGCAAUAUGGUUCUGUUUGUCAUGCCAUUUGUUUUUUACACUCAGAAAAGAGGUAGUUUAUACCUAUUACCAACACCCUUUGGGAGAUUGGGGUAAGCGGGGGGUAUUCUUAGUGAGCAUUGCUCACAGUACCUCUUGUUCCACACAGUAAAAUUGUAUAUUCUCGCAUAACGAAUUUUAAAUUUUCGCAAUAAUGCCUAAUCUAUUCCGUUCAUUCAAACAACAAAACGUACGAUAUGAAAUACACCCAAAUUAAAUUAAUUGUGAACUCCGAUUUAUGUAUGAAUAGGUAUAAAACGAUUUGAAUAGUUUUCAAGAUGGUUUACUUAAUUAAUGCAAGGAAUAUAACGCCAGUCGACGUAAAUGGUGUAUUGUGACGUCGCAUCUAGCUGCGAUGCGUUUUCUUUCAAACCAAACAAUCGCAGCCAUUUUUCUUGAAUUGUGAACACCGAUGAUUUCAAAGCCAACAUGCUGAUUGGCAGACAUAAAGUUCAUCUGAACAUGACCCCUAAUCGGGUUAUGUCAGAUCUACUUACACAGAGUAUAUGGCGUGGAUCUAAGAAGUCUGAUUUUAAUUAGAUUGUAUUACUUAAGAACUAGGUCUGAUAAAGAGAUUGAAUCUUCAGAAAUAAAAGGAUGAUGGGAUCUACAAAUUGGUAUCAAGGUCAAGUGACUUCAGUGACCUAAAAAUAAGUCUGGUAUAACUUUAGAACUGGGACUGAUAGAGACAUGGAAUCUUCAGAAAUGAUAAAAGGGUGUAGUGACCUACAAACUGGUAUCUCCAUUGACCUUGAUUAUUAAAACUUGUAUAACUUUAGAACCAGGACUGAUAGAGACAUGGGAUCAUCUAGAAUGGUGAGAGGAUGUUGGGACCUACGAACUAGGAUCAAGAUCAAGUGACACCAGUUUUACUGGGGGGAAAAGGGGAGAUUUUUUGAAAAAUUUCAAAUCAAAGUUUUCAUAAUCGAGAUAUUUUAAAAUGAAGUUAAAAUUGGCAUGGAUUUUGUCAAGGGAGGAAAAUAGUAGUACUCAGAAAAAGCCACUUUUAUACAGCCAGUACUUCGUUUGGGAGACUUUAUAAUCGGUAGAUUAUAAUCAUAUCUUUUUAAUUAUGCCAUCGCAGACUACACACGUGACUAUGGUCAGUUUAGUUAUGACUUCAUAGUCUGCUCAUGUUAGUUGGAGUAUUAUGUUAAAGCAUUAAUGAAUUCUAUUUAUUAUGUAAAUAGAUCUAGGUAUUUGCAGUAUACCUAACGUCAUAUAGUGUUAGAUUAAUGCUUGCUUUAUGUAUUGUUGGUUUUAUUUUACUGAUUCACAGCUUGUGUUAUACGUUUUGUUUCCUUGUAUGAACCUACAUUGUGUUGACUUAAAUUUGAACUUUGUGUGAUAACACUAUCAGUCAGAUUAUUUCCUUCCAGAAUGUUGCUGUGUAUUUAUUUUGAGUUAUCUGAAUUAGGCAUUGUAAAGUAUCAAUCUUCGACGUAUACUUUUACAUUUCUCUCCUAUAAGCCUACAGAAGGAUCAGACAUUUGUCACUGUAAGCCUACAGAAGGAUCAGACAUUUGUCACUGUAAGCCUACAGAAGGAUCAGACAUUUGUCACUGUAAGCCUACAGAAGGAGCAGACAUUUGUCACUGUAAGCCUACAGAAGGAGCAGACAUUUAUCUCCUAUAACCCUACAGAAGGAGCAGACAUUUGUCUCUGUAAGCCUACAGAAGGAGCAGACAUUUGUCUCUGUAAGCCUACAGAAGGAGUAGACAUUUAUCUCUGUAAGCCUACAGAAGGAUCAGACAUUUGUCACUGUAAGCCUACAGAAGGAUCAGACAUUUGUCACUGUAAGCCUACAGAAGGAGCAGACAUUUGUCUCUGUAAGCCUACAGAAGGAUCAGACAUUUGUCACUGUAAGCCUACAGAAGGAGCAGACAUUUAUCUCCUAUAACCCUACAGAAGGAGCAGACAUUUGUCUCUGUAAGCCUACAGAAGGAGCAGACAUUUGUCUCUGUAAGCCUACAGAAGGAGUAGACAUUUAUCUCUGUAAGCCUACAGAAGGAGCAGAUUCAUGGAGUGCACUGUAAGGCUUGCAGUAUGCAGGAACUUUAAAUCUGGUCUACCUUGACCUGGUCUAUUUUUAGAACUUAAAGAUAAUACUUUUAUCUAUGCAUGUUGAAGUAGGACAAAUUGAUGUCAUUUCAUUUUUUUUUUAAUCUUGCAUUGAAUUUUAAGACAAAGCAAUGUUCAGCAGUCUGUUAUACAAAUUCUUACAGAUUUUAAAUACCUGUUUUAUAGAUCCCGUUUUAUGUGUGAUACACAUUGUUAACAUACAAAAAUAGCACAGCUAUUUUAAACAAUAUUUAUUACAAAACAGUGCUUAGGAUGAGACAGCAGGCAUUUAUUUCAACCCUCUCCUUAAGUUAUAUGUACAGUGAUAGUGUGUUGGAUGAGAUAACAGGCGUUUAUUUGAACUUUAAGUUAUGUAAAGUGUUUUAUUGUGAGACCUCUUUGUUCCAGUUGGUGAAUUAACGUAUGGUGAAAAACUCUCAGAGAAUGAAAGUAGUGCUUAUUUAGAAUAAUGAACAAGCCAGGAUCCCUCCUGCACACGUUAGAUGUUUCCUGCUAUAUAGUUAUAUAUAAUUGUUUGAUCAUGUAUUGAGUAUUUAUUGUUCAAAAUGAAAGUGUUAAUUAUUAAAUCUGUAUAAAAUCCUUAA